GGCCGCGCAGGCGCAUUGUCUCUCUCCUCUCGGUCUCCGCGGUGACGGCAGCCGGCUCUGCAGCGAUGAUGGCCCUGCCGGGUAUGGCCGCGCUUUCUCUCCUGCUGUUCGCCUUCACCUGCCUGGGCAACCUCAGCCAAGGGCUGGCCGACAAGCGGCUCAAGAUGCAGUAUGUCACCGGGCCGGUGCUGCGCUUCCAGAUCUGUAUCUCCUGAGGGUACAGGAAAGUGUUUGAGGAGUACACGCGGGUUAUUAGCCAGCGGUAUCCCGACAUCCGUAUCGAAGGAGAAAAUUACCUUCCACAACCUAUCUACAGGCACGUAGCAUCCUUUCUAUCAGUCUUCAAGCUGGUCUUAAUAGGACUAAUUAUAGUUGGUAAAGACCCCUUUCCUAGUCUGGGCAUGGAAACACCUAGCAUUUGGCACUGGAGUCAGCAGAACAAGAUCUAUGCAUGUAUGAUGGUGUUCUUCCUUAGCAACAUGAUUGAAAAUCAGUGUAUGUCUACAGGUGCAUUUGAGAUUACAUUAAAUGAUGUUCCAGUAUGGUCCAAACUCGAGUCUGGCCAUCUUCCAUCCAUGCAACAGCUUGUGCAGAUUCUGGACAAUGAAAUGAAGCUCAAUGUACACAUGGAUUCAAUCCCACUGCAUCGAUCUUAGCUAAAUCUUAAGGCAUUGAACAGCCUUUUUUGUAUUUUAGAAGAUGUUUUCUGAGAAUGGUAAGACUGAUGACUAUGAAGGACUGCACUUAAAGCAGCACUGACUGUUUGUGCAGACUGGAUGCUCCCCAUCAGUCAUACUGGUCCUUUGAAAACCUCCUCUGAAAAAUAGAAAGGACUUCAAUGCUCAUACACUGAUCAUGUUCACCCUGUAGUGUACUGCACAUAUAUCAAAUUGUAAUAUGAACAUAGUUUCUUUUUUAUAUGUAAUUUAAUAUGACUUUAUGGCAACAUUUAAUGAAAUAAUACAGAUGGCAAAUAACAGUUCUGUUAUUUUGUGUUUUAAAUGAGUGGUAUACUAUAAAUUUUAUGUUUGAUAUUGUAAUUUAGAAUUUAACUAUAAUUUAUGCAGGCACAUGUUUAACCCGUAGCCCUGGUGUAAACCUAUUCAAAUGCACUCUAGUAGGCUAAGGUUUAUCUUUUGUACCUAGUAAGAGUAUUAGUAAUUUGAAAUCACACACUGAAAUAUUUGCCAACAGGGAAAAAGAUUUUGUUAUGCCCUUUUCUAGAGCUUCCAAGUAGCCUGAAUAUUAUUUUUCACGUGAUGGAGAAAAUGGCCAUUUCACUUCAUACAACAUUUUUAAACAAAACUUGGGGCACAAAGUGUCUUGUUUCAGAAGGUAUAACUAGCCUGGUAGCAAAAGAUAAUGCUAGUGGAAUGCUGCCUAAAAGUCGGUUUAAAUAUGUCUUUGAUUUGCAUGGAAUAAUAUAACCACAAGAGUGAACUCUGGGAUUUCAAUUGGAAAGCUAACAUAUAAGAAUGAACAUACUAAAUUUUAACACACUGUGGUGUGAAAAGUUGAAACUGGAAUUCAAAAGGAUGAUGCAGAGGUCAGGUCUCUCAAACCUAAUUGGAAUGCGUAAUAAGUUCAUAACAACUUUGGAUCAACUGUAAGCUAGCCCAUUGAGCUCAUUUGUGAGGGGAACAAAACAAAAAUCUCACACGGCCAGCUUUUUUGAAAUUUAAUUUGAAAUAAAAUGGAAUAAACAUUUUUUUUGCCAUAAUUGAAUUUGAUAAUGCCACUGCAGCGCUUUGGAAUUUUAUUUUCUUGUCUGCCUUUGAUUAUUUGUUUACUGGAAGGAAAAUUUUAAUUUGAAUUUUUGCUGAUGUCUCAGAUAUCUGGUUCUUUUUGAAUCUCCUCAUUUGCCUGCUAUGUUUUGGUAAAAGGGUAAACACCCACAACAUUCCCUAAUAACCUUUGUGGGGUGCACUGUGCUAAAAUUAGCAGUGAUGCACAUAGUUCCAAUUAAAUAUUUUAAAAUACUUCUAAUACCCUAGGCAACAUUCUGUCUGUACCAAUUUGCAAUAUCAAGUAGCACAUAAAAUAUAUCAAUUCAGUGAAUUAUUGAUUACCACUCUCUAAACUUUGAGGGAUAGACGGAAAGAAAACACUGGCAGCCAUAGAAACCAUUCCCAUGAUUUCUCAACAGAUCUCUCUCCUCACCAUGUACUUUUUUUAGAGUGGAUGGGAGUGAUGGGUGAGUGCCAAUGGUGAGAAACAAGGAUAAACACCAUAAAACAAGUCAGCACAAAUCAUAAAGUUACUCCUGUUGCAGUAAAGUUUCAAUUCUAAUGUAUCAGAUUUUCAAAUGAAUUAUUUUAUACUUGGUCACAGCACUGAAAGAUUUAAGAUGAGAUUGCCAGCAUGUGACUUUUGCAGCUUAGGUUUCCUUGCUCUAUAAUAUUUUCUUCAUCAAUAUAGAUGAUUUCAAACUGUAUGUAUCUUUGCAUUCUGUACUAUCUUAAUCCAUUAGAAAAUGCACUUUAUUUUUGAAGAGUAUUUGAUACCUUUCCUUUUAUUAAAAAAAAUCCUUUUAGCCAUAGUUCCAUAUACAAAUGAGAAAAAAAGUGUCAUUAUUUCUAAUACUGCUUAAACAUUUGAAUUACUUUAAAUCUUUGAAUUCACAUGAUGUAAGAAUAUCUUGUGUAUUUUGAACAGUCAUGUGUUGUGUUGCGCUCUUUGAAUUUAAUUGCAAAAUUUUUCCUCCUUGCUUUAUCUGAAACAUUUGUGACUUGCCUAAACCAUCUCAGUUACCUUGUUGUUCUGCAUUCUCAUCUUUUGAGAACAAGUUACACGAUAUCAUCCUUCGUAAAUUUCUUCUCAAACCUUUCAAUAAAGUCAUCUUUUGAGACACAA